AUUUGAAGGUACUUAUUUACAAAUAUGUCACAAAUAGGAAGUUAAUUACCGCAAAUAAGACAAUACUGGAAAUUACCAAUUUUCAGUGAUUAAUUUCCACUUUUACGUAACAGUGUUUUACUUUUCAGUCUCCAGUUUGAACCGAAGCUCUCAAAAUGCCACCAGCUGAAGAAGUCCGCAGAAGAUCUCAUUCGGAUUACAUUUUUGGCAAAGUUCUAGGCGAGGGAAGUUUUAGCACAGUUUAUUUAGCAAAAGAUGUACAUACAAGUAAAGAACAUGCAAUUAAGGUGGUGGAAAAAGCCCAUGUCAUUAGAGAGAAAAAAACUGAAUCUGUGAUGCGAGAGAAAGAAGUCCUCAGAAUUCUUGGGAAUUCAUGUCCUUAUUUUGUCCGUUUAUAUUGGACAUUUCAAGACACUGAUCGUUUAUAUUUCGUUUUGAGCUAUGCGAAGAAUGGUGAUGUACUAGGACAAAUUGAAAAACAUGGCCGUCUGAGUAUAGAUUGCACUCGAUAUUAUUUAGCAGAACUGAUUUUAGGAUUAGAGCAUUUACAUAGUAAGAAUAUCAUUCAUAGAGAUUUAAAACCUGAGAAUCUUUUGUUCGAUGAAAAUUGGCACAUUCUCAUAACAGAUUUUGGUAGCGCAAAGAUUUUGACAUCUGAAAAUGGACAUAACAAUGAAAGCAGUACUAUUGAUGUACCCGAGAAGGAGUACCCUUACAAGAGAAGAAACAGCUUUGUUGGUACUGCUCAGUUUGUCAGUCCUGAAAUGCUCACAGAAACACAUAGUAGUUAUGCAUCUGAUCUUUGGGCUUUGGGGUGUAUUGCCUUUCAAAUGGCCUCUGGGCAUAUGCCAUUUACAGGCGGCAGCGAAUAUUUGAUAUUCCAAAAGAUCCUCAAGUUGGAAUACACUUUUCCAGAAGACUUCCCUAGAGAAAUAAAAGCUUUAGUAGAAAAAUUAAUAGUCCUAGAACCACAAAAAAGACUUGGAACCUCAGAUGAAAGAAAGUAUUCUAGCAUAAGACAACACCCGUUUUUCACCGUGCUCAAUUGGGACGACUUGGGUCCCCCUCCCAAAAUUUCCGAAGACUGCAAUCAGACUCCUAGCCAAGAGAUUCCCGACCACUUGGAGCCGGGUCUAGACGAGGAGAAGGCUUCUAGACUGCAUUUGGAUUUGCUUAGUCCGAGUCCGAUUAUUACUAGAAAGAAAUCGCCGCCUAAUAGAAAAAUCACAGAUUUAACUGAUGCUGAAAUCCAGGAACGACUGGAAGCUCAGAAAAGUAAUAUAUAUCAUAGUUUCGUUGAGGAUAAUUUGAUAUUGAAACAGGGUUUUAUUGAUAAGAAGAAGGGUCUGUUUGCGAGAAGGAGAAUGUUCCUUUUGACGUUGGGGCCUCACUUGUAUUACGUCGAUCCCGUUACUAUGACUUUGAAAGGGGAGAUACCCUGGAGCAGAGAUAUUAAAACUGAAGCUAAAAAUUUUAAGACAUUUUUUGUGUAUACGCCUAAUAGAAAAUACUAUUUAGAAGAUCCUGAAGGGUAUGCCUUGGAAUGGUGCAAAGCAAUAGACGACUUGAAGAACUAUUACUAUCCAGAUGAGACUUGAUAUAAAUUAAUUUUAGUGUAAAUUUGCCCUUUUUUGUAUUUCCACUAUUUAUUACUAAAUUAUUUCGCAAAUCUAAGUUAAUAGUUGAAUUGUUAUAUUUUUGUCCCCUUUAAUAUAUAUAUUGUGUAUAAAUUAUUCUAUAUUAUUAUUAGAAUACUAUUUAAUCUAUUUAUUUAUCGUAUAGCAAAUUUCGAAAACAGUUUUGAAAUAAAAUUUAUUU